CGCGCCCCCGAGGCUCAGCGGCUCGCGCGGUGGAGAAGGAGAGAGUGCGCGCCUCGUGAGAAGGCACAAACGGUCUGUUCUCACAGGGAAAAAAAACGAGAAUAUUUCAGCUCAUACAUGGCGAAAUUUGUUUUACUCGACGUCCAGACAUAUAUCCAUUCCGGACCGCGGCUCUGACAACGACAGGCGACGCGAAUAUCUGCAUCUCUCAGAGGUUGGAGUUUACCGAGGGUUUUCGUAGCAGUUUCUUGUUUGGAGGCGCGCGAGUGCCGGAAUAGUGGUCUCCGCGGGUGCCGUUUCGUGCUUUCCGGUGGCAGCUGACACUUAUCCCUGUUUCUGAAGACCAGAAGGCCAGUUCACCCGCAGUCCCUGUCAGCGCCGGGCCGCCUGCACACUCACCCGGCUCGGCCUCGCGCCUUCUCGAGCCCCGGCGACGACACAGCUCACGUUACCUCCCCGUUACCCACACUCCUCUAAAACACCUACUGAGUUUACAACGACCAACAAAACAGGGAAUCCUAGGAGAAGAAACUGAGAAGAGAGACGGGACCCGUGCGCUGUGAUAUACGUUAGACAGACGGAGCUGUCAACAACAUAACCGCAGUUCUCUGAAUUUACAUAACGUUAUAUUAAGUUUAUUCUUUCACGGGACUGGCUUAUUGACUUGUGCAUAUCCGUUAUUAAGGUAUUAGACAACAAAACGUCGCAUGUAGAUACUGAACACGCUUUGUGCAAAGACAAGGCCUCGUCUGCUAACUCGGAUAGCUGCAUCGCUAACUCUCAGACUGGGUUUUAUCAGUUUCUAAUCUUAUUAACUGCACUUUUUGACUCCUAUACAUCGCUUUCUUUGUUCCAUACGACACAAUAGAGGAUCGAUUUCUAAGUCGCUGUUUCAACGCAUAGUACAGUAUCCUUGCCAAGAGGUCUGUUGAGCAGCAGGAGGAAACGGAGCUGUCAGCCUUUAUUAUCUAACGUUCUAGGCCUGAUUAAUUCCCACCCUGGGAAAUAAAAACCGAAUAAUCUUAUGUGUUGGGCUGGUUUCAGCUGACCUUUGCUACUCAAAUUAGUUGUCCCUUGCGAGAUUUCUUGCGCUGCAACCCCGCUGCAUGCACUGAUACGGGAAAGACUUGAUUUAUAUUUUUGUACCAUAGUUCAGGAGCCAUUUAAAGCAGGGUCAGAUAUCUGCACAAAGCCCAUACUACUGCUUAGACAUGAGUAUUGAGAUUCCAGUCGGUCUGACGGAGCUGCUUCAAGGCUACACCGUAGAGGUGCUGCGCCAGAGGCCGCCGGACCUGGUGGAGUUUGCCGUGCAGUAUUUCACCCGCCUGCGGGACACUAGGAGCCAGGACGGGUCCGGGGCCGCCUCCGCCGCCAAAACCGGGGGGAAGGGUGUGAUGUUUGAUGGCGAGCCGAUGCAAACCGAGUCGAACGGCGACGAGGAGGACGAGGACGAUGACUCAGAUUUUGAGCCUCCUCCUCCCAGCAGAUUUAACCGGAGAGUGUCGGUGUGUGCGGAGGCCUUUAACCCUGAUGAUGAUGAGGAAGACUCUGAGCCGAGAGUUGUCCAUCCAAAAACAGAUGAGCAGCGUUGUAGAUUACAAGAGGCCUGCAAGGACAUUCUGCUGUUCAAGGCACUUGAUCAGGAGCAGUUUUCACAGGUGCUGGACGCCAUGUUUGAGGUUCUUGUGCAGCCACAAGAUCAUGUCAUUGAUCAGGGAGAUGAUGGAGAUAACUUUUAUGUAAUUGAGAGGGGUGUGUAUGAUAUUGUGGUACAGAAGGAUGGUGUGGGCUGCUGUGUGGGUCAGUAUGAUAAUAAGGGCAGUUUCGGAGAACUGGCCCUCAUGUACAACACUCCACGUGCUGCAACCAUCAUUGCUAAAGAGGAGGGAGCCCUCUGGGGACUGGAUCGGGCAACGUUCCGAAGACUCAUAGUGAAGAAUAAUGCGAAGAAGAGAAGGGUGUAUGAAUUAUUUAUCGAGUCUGUCCCACUACUCAAAUCACUGGAGAUCUCUGAGAGGAUGAAGAUUGUUGAUGUGCUGGGUGUAAAAUUAUUUCAGGAUGGAGAGCGGAUCAUUAUGCAGGGCGAUAAGGCUGAUUGCUUCUACAUUGUGGAGUCUGGAGAGGUGAAGAUUAUGAUGAAGAGCAAAACAAAAGCAGACAGACAGGAUAAUGCUGAGGUGGAGAUCGCUCGCUGCAGUAGAGGGCAGUAUUUUGGAGAACUUGCUCUCGUUACUAAUAAACCACGUGCUGCCUCAGCCUAUGCUGUAGGGGAUGUCAAAUGCUUGGUGAUUGACGUACAAGCCUUCGAGCGUUUGCUGGGGUCCUGCAAAGAGAUCAUGAAGAGGAAUAUCGCCCACUAUGAGGAGCAGCUGGUGGCGCUGUUUGGAUCCAGUGUGGACCUGAGGGACUGAGACGGACUGGCCGUGCCUUACACACACACACACACACACACACACUAUACAACACGACACAUAGGUUAUACACUCCCAAAACAUUUUGUAGGCACACAUUCCUUUUUAUUUUCACUCAUUCUUCAGCCAACACACUCACUCUUUCAAAUCAUACCUCUCACACACACACACACACACAUGCACACACAUGCCUGAUGUCAUUGCGUCAGCUGCUCAGUACGAAAUGGAAACAUUACCAGCUCAACUGCUGUGACCCUGAACCAACCACAGCCUGGAGAGAACAUACGCACACAAACACACACAUUCACUCACACCAAAAAUUCCCAGCCAAGGACCCAUCCUUUCUCAUGGUCACUUGCAGUCACAACAAAGAAAAAAGAAAAAGAGACAAGAUAAAAGAAUCUGUUUAAACAAGAAAAAAGGUUGAUAUCUUUCAAUAAAAAAUGCAAAAAAUCUCAAAAAUUUAACAUUUUAGAGCAUUUUAUGAUAAUGCAAAGCUUUGAUAAACUUGUUUAAAUAUGACCUGUUUUCUUUCCCUGCUGUUGGUGCAUAAAUGUUUUUGGUGGUAUCCACAGUGACUGAUUUUUCUCACUUGAACUCCACAUGUUGUAUUGAUUAAUGUAUUCCUAUUAUUAUCAUUUCAUAUUAUUUUUGUUGAAGGUUGACUCGCUCUUACACCACCCUAAUUGGAGAAUGCGAGGCCGAAUCUAGUGCAAAUACUUCCCUUGAGUCUUUCUGAAUGAGUUGUCCUUAAAAAUAAAUAAAGCAGACAUUUUGGUAACCUGCUGGGACUUUUAUGUUGCGUGUGUGUGUGUGUAUGUGUGUGUUCGUUGAAAGGUGCGAUCUGUAAUUACAGAAACAGUGCCAUUUAAAUGUCAGGAAUCAGUUUUGUGUUUGUAAUCUUUUGAAUGGAGACACCAGUGUUUUGGAAUGGAGUGUUAUUUUUCUUUUUCCUUUAGGGCGUUAGUUGGCUGUUGUUAGUUGGUUAUCAUCAUUGAGAGUUGGCUAGUUUCAGCAUUUACAGAUUGUACUUUUAAUAAACUUUGGAUAAUUCA